GCUGGACACGGAUUCACCAAGCCGCUAUGCGCACAGAGAUCUUCUUUCUGCCAUCAUGCCAGCACUUGCGGAAAGCCCAGAGACCAUCCCAGAGUUCAAGCCCGCACCCGGCAUUGCGGUGACCGAUUUGAUUCAUGAUGUAUCUAGGCAUCUAAUCUUUCCAUUCCCGGCCGUGGUUCCCCACAAGGUGCAGGACGUGUUCGCCUUCAACUUCUUCAGGCAUGCGUUCGAGGUUGACCUUACUGAGGAAGAGAUUCACACACUGAAGGAGUGGCUUCGUGUUCAUUUCAGGACAAUCUUUGGUAUGGGCUCGACAGCAGGUGGAGCUCAUUGUGCUGAGCUUGCCAAGGUCCUGGAGGAGAAGGUGGCCAGCGGUAAGGUUGGGCAGCGGCUGAUGGAUGAAGCCGUCAAAAGAGGCAUGAACGGCCCGGAACGCCUGCGGAAGACGCUGUUCGAGCUUUCCUUUGCUGGUUUCGGUGGAGAUGGACCUGGAGGUGCCCUGGCAACCUUCAAGCUCUUGAGGCUGCUGCAGAGAUCUCCCGCAACUUUUAUUCCUCUUUUCAAGAAGGAUCCUGCCGCCUUCGUCCUUGAG